CAGAAUGAAGAAGGGUUGGAAUGGAUGACCUCUGGUGGUCCCUUCCAGCUCUAGCUGUGACCUGAUCUUCAGUUGAGCCAAAAGGUCUUUGGAUCAUCUAGAGAAGCCUUGAAGGGCAUUGUUUUCCUUUUUUCCUUCCAGAUUGUUUUUGAGAAAGGCGCUCACCCUAUGGGUGUGGCUCCCUGGGAGACUGAUGGAGGUCUCCAGCCUUACACGAAUUUCUGGGUGAUGGGAGAUGACCCCGAGUGAUUUUAGAAGUCUAGAUGUGUUUUCUCCAAAACUCAAUCCCAGGCCCCACCUGGAGCUAGAAAAUCAGAGCACUCCCCCCUUCACCCCACUUGGAGACAGCUGCAGUGAUUUGAAUAACCUCUCUCCAGAGACAGCUUCCUCAGGGGCCGUUGGACACUGUGCGGGGGCUGAUUUGACUGGCAAACAGACACCCCUCCCACCCCUCCCUGAGCCAUCGACAAUUUAGGGAGUGGGCAGUAUGAUCCUUUAAUGCGCUCAGCCCUCCCCAUCUAACUCCUCCACAUGUAGCCAAGGCUUUCCUGCAGAGGCCUCUGGGAAAUGUCUUGACUUCCCUCACCCUAGGGUCUAGCAUCCACCUUCCUAUUAUAAAUUAGAUUGUUUGCCCAGAGAAAUGGCAAAUAUGCUGUUGGCGUUGGAGGGAGGGGGCUGAGGUAACUGGAGCCCAACCAGGGCUCUGUUGGCUGAGGCCCAUCCCAGAUUUGCAUAACAAGGAUGAGGAGGUCUAGGUCCCAUCCACCCUUUCCUAGAAGCAGGUGGGCAGAGCAGGGGGGUCAUUGGAGAGCACACAGCCACCAGACUUCAGGUCUCCCAGCUUGGGCAGUAGCAACAACGGCUCCCUGCUUUUCCCCACCUCUCACAGGACAUGCCUCGAUCCUUUCUGGUGAGGAGCUGCCGGCCCCAGCCCCGAGACUGGGGCCACAUUACUGACCAGCACCGGGGAGAUGCCUAUAUUCCAGACUGCAGCCUGGACAAAGGGCUGGUUCAUCAAGGAAGCACCAAUGUGGGGUCCCUAGGCGGAGAAACCUGCAGAAGCAUGGCAGCCUGUUUGCCACCCAACAGCGGAGAGUCCCAAGCACCGGCUCUUCCUUCUCUGCCCCAGGAUGAGCAGGGUCCUGCAGCAGGGCAGGGCCCUGGGGCGUUGAGCUGCCCCCUCUGCCCUAAGGUUUUCCCACUUCAGCGCAUGCUAACCCGCCACCUCAAAUGUCACAACCCUGCCCGGCGCCACAUUUGCAGCUGCUGCACCAAAGGUUUUCACGAUGCCUUCGACCUCAAGCGGCACAUGAGGACCCACACUGGAAUCCGGCCCUUCCGCUGCCCAGCCUGCGGCAAAGCCUUCACCCAGCGCUGCUCGCUCGAAUCCCACCUGGGGAAGAUCCACGGGCAGCCUCCGCGCUACGGCUACCGGGAGCGCCGGGAGAAGCUGCACGUCUGCGAGGACUGUGGCUACACCAGUGCCCGGACCGAGGACUACGUUCAGCAUCGGGCCCUACACCCGGGCCGGCCCUCGUCCCUGGCCGUCCCCUACUCCUGAGUGAAGACCCCCUCCUCCCCAUCCCCCGCCCCAAAGAGCGGCCUGGAUG